AUGAAAUGCUUAAACAUCUUCUUCGUCAUAACCUUUUUUCUCUGUAUUAACGAUAUAUACGGAAAUGAAAAAGAAUGUUUGACCACGUUCAAGAAUUGUAUCACAAACUUAAUUGGUGAAACAAGAGAAAAAACAAUAGAAAAGUUCUGUUGUAGACAAGCAUUCGUGGGCAAUGAAUUUCGUGAAAAGUUGCAAAAGAACUGUCUGACGGAUAGAAUAAUGCCCGAUGUUGUUGAUUGCUUGGGUAUUGAUAAAAAGUGUAUAAAAACUUUAACAGACUACUUUAGAGAGAGAACAGAAAAUUACACAAAAAUGGAAAAAGAUUUGAGAAUUGCUGCUAGACAACCGAACAGUAUAGAGGAUUGUGAAGAUUACGCAAAACGAUUUGAACAAGAAGAAUGCUCCAUGUGUUCUGAUAAAGAUGACGACGAUGAAUUAUACGGUGUAAUAUGUGAUAUCAUUCGUAAAACAAAAAAAUCAUUGCCUUAUUGUGUAAAUAAGCAUCACUGCAUGGACACUUUCAAUACUUGUAUUAUGAAGAAAAUUAAUGAAUCAAUGGUACAUAAAGUCGAUGUACGUUGCUGCAAAUCUGCUCUUAAUAAUAAAUCAAGCGAUUAUUUCAAGAAUAAAGACAAAUGUGAAUCACCCGAGUUUAUGCCGACAAUAAUAGACUGCAUGUUUAAAGAUGAAUAUUGUAAAGUGCAAAUAUUUAAAUAUUUUACAAAGAAUGGAGAAAUUUUGGAAGAAUUUCGUACGAAAAUAAAUAGUGAAACGGGUAUUCCUCCGGAAACAAGUCAAUGCGAUAAAUAUUAUUCAAAGUCAAAGACAAUAUCUUUGAUCGAAUGUUACAAAACCACAAACAAAAAAUUGUUCCCAUUCUGCCAGUUAUUGAUAGAUAUUUUAAACAAAGAACCUAUUAAUGACAUAAAUGAUGAUUUAUAUAAUUAUGCAAAUGAUAAUUUUGACAACAGACUGAAGAAAUGAACUUUCUAACAGAACAACAGUGAUUACAUCGUUUAAUAAAGAUGAAUUUAAAAAAUUAAAUUUAAUUAUUGGAAGUUUUCUAAUUGAAAUAAAGAAUAUGUUUGCAGCAUAU